AUGCCCAACUGGACUGUAGUCUGUGGGGAUAGUAUUAAUCAAGAAUAUGAGCAAUGUGAUGAUGGAAACACUAGCAGUGGAGAUGGGUAAAAAUUAAUUUAUCAUAAGUAUUGUAUAUUUAGAUGCAGCUCAACUUGCACUACUGAGACUGGAUUCUUUUGUACUGGCGCAAGACUAGCUAAAACCACAUGCUAUGAAAGUUGUGGUGAUGGUAAGAAAUUUACGACUGCAGCAACAGCUUGCGAUGAUGGAAAUAAUAUUGACGGAGAUGGUUGCUCAACAGAUUGUGUGAUUGAGACUGGUUUCACAUGCACAACUCCAGGAGUAGGUGGAAAAACGACAUGUACUGAAAAUUGCGGAGAUGGCAGAAAUAUGAGAGUCAGAGCAUGUGAUGAUGGUAACACUGCUAAUGGAGAUGGAUGCAGUUCAACAUGCACUGUAGAGACUUAUUGGACUUGUGCUGGAGGGUCUUCCAUCUCAGCAGAUGUCUGCUAUCCAGUUUGUGGAGAUUCUAGAAGAAUAGGAGGGGAACAAUGUGAUGAUGGUAAUAAUAAACAUCUUGAUGGAUGUACUUCAUACUGCACAACUGAAGUAGGAUUUACUUGUGCCACUUCAAUUGUCCCAAAUGUCUGUACUGAGAGCUGUGGAGAUGGAAGGAACAUGGGAUUUAAUACAUGCGAUGAUGGUAAUUCAGUUUCUGGAGAUGGGUAAUCAAUAUUUGCUUUAAUAAAAUAGCUGUUCAGCUACUUGCGCAGUACUGAAGUCUGCGGUGAUUCCGUUUCAUAUUCUACAAACCCAACAAAGUGCGACGAUGGUGACUCAGAAAUCGGAGAUGGUUGCGAUGUUUACUGUAAUAUUGAACCUGGGUGGUUUAAAAGUGGAUUUUCUUACAAAGAAAUUUGUGGAGAUGGUAGGAACUAUCACAGCUAUUCAUUUGAAUGUGACGAUGGAAAUACAAUUGAUGGUGAUGGCUGUUCUUCAGUUUGUGUUAUUGAGAAUGGAUAUCUAUGUGAAGGCGGUGAUUCAUCGACUUAAGAUGUUUGCUCAGGGGAAUGUGGAGAUGGUACAGUGAUUGGAGAGUAAUGCGAUGAUGGCAAUCUGCUCUCAGGAGAUGGAUGCGACUGCAAGUGCAAGAUUGAAGCUGGCUUUACUUGUAGUGGAGGAUCUUCUACGACUGCAUCAAAAUGCACUGAAAUAUGUGGAGAUGGAAAGAGUAUAGGAUUCUAUUAAUGUGAUGAUGGAAAUACUGUCAGUGGAGAUGGUUGCUCAAACACCUGCACUGUUGAAAGUGGAUGGACUUGCACCAACUAUCCAAGAAAUGUUGCAUCUGUUUGCACUGAAGUUUGUGGAGAUGGUACUAGGAACGGUAUUAUUCAUUAGUGUGAUGAUGGAAAUGUUGUCAGUGGAGAUGGUUGUAGCUCAAUCUGUAAAGUAGAAGCAGGCUACACAUGUGCAGGUGGUAAUUCAGCAACUGCGGAUUAAUGCAAAGAAAUUUGUGGAGUCGGCUAUAACUUUGGGACUAAAGACUGUGAUGAUGGUAACACUAAAAAUGGAGACGGAUGCAACUCAGUUUGCUAAACAGAAAAGGGUUGGACUUGUUCGGGAGGCAAUGCCUUAACAAAGGACACUUGUAAGGAAAUAUGUGGAGAUGGUUUAGAUUUUUUAAAAUACAAUUGCGAUGAUGGUAACUACAUCAAUGGGGAUGGUUGUGAUAGAACAUGUAACGUAGAGCCAUAUUACACUUGCUCUGGUGGAACAACUACAAAGCCUGAUACAUGCAAAGCUCUUCCACCAUUCUAUAUUUAGCUAGCAAAAGUAAAUGCAAAUAACACAAAAAUGUAGAUAUAUCUAACUGAAAACUACUAUCUCAAGAAUUCUUGGGACAAAUCUAAAUGGGAGGUCCUAGUUCAGGGUCCUAAGAACAGCUAUGACUAUGAUUGGGAGCUUGAUAGAAUGGAGGAAUUAGAGGCUGGAACUCUUAAACCUAAAUACAUGACUCUUAACUUAACCAUUAAUGAUAAACUCUAUGGCAGUAAUCUUGAGUAAGUAGUUGUGAAUUUCAUUGAUAAAUCUGAUUCACUGAGUGUUUAAUAUGGCACUCCAAUGUAUAACAAUACUGUUGAUGGCUAUCUUAAUGCAAACGAUAAUGAAAUAGCAGAAUACACAAUGUCUAGCUGCUUAAGGGGAUUCUUUGAUGCAGUGGGUGUAGUAAAUCUAAACUUUGCUGUGGUUAAGGAUUUAUUCAGUAGUCUAUUCUCUAAAUAAAUCGACUAUGAUUAUUAUCACUCCACUGCUUAUAAGGAAAUGGGUUAUGAGACAUAUAGUUUUCUAAUUAAUGGUGUUGCCAUGCUAAUAAUUAGUGCCUGUCUUUUAGGAUCGACAUUUAUUGUAUAUGCAGUGGCUAAAUCAGUAAUUGGAAUAGCAGAAAGACAGGACAAUCAAAGGCUUUUGAAAGUAGGUAAAACUAUAUAGAAAAUUGGAUGGAGAUUGCCUCAUGCAGUUGCUAGAUUAGCUUUUCUUCAACUAACGUUUGCAUCUGUCCUUGAUCUUAGUUCUCUUUCAGCUGAGAGUAUAAAUAUAGGCAUGGGCAGUUAUCUAAGCAUUAUGAUUAUUGGUGUAUAUGGGGGUUAUGUGUUAUUCGAACUUAUAACUGGAAUGAUAUAUAGGAAUUACAUCCUUACAAAUGAAUUCCAUUUAAGAACAUAAACGACUAAAGUUCAGAAGUAGACCAAUUUACUAUUUUUAUUCGGACUUAUGGCCUAAAAUAAGGAAGAGGCUUAAGGCGCUGAUAAUGAAGAAGAUGAUCCUAACAAGCCAUCCGAGUACUAACAACUCUAUGGGGAGUACAAUUAUAUGUCCUUUUUCUAAUAUUUCACAUUUUUUCCGUUUGCUUUGAAAAGAACUGCACUAGUCAUGAUAGCAGUCCUACUAGAUGACCAGCCUAAUGUAUUCCUACUGUUAUUUGUAAUAACUACAUUAGCUAACAUGGCUUAUCUUAGCUACAUAAGGCCAUUUAGAGAGGACUACAUCAACAAACUUUACGUAGUAAAUGAAUUUUUCCUUGUUGUACAAUCAGGAUUCAUGGUAUUAUUCUGCACUCCUUUUGGAACUACUGAAAUGGAUGUAUCUUAUUUGUCGAUUGUUAUGCUUGCUUCUUACAUGCAGAUUGUAGUGACUGUAAUUACGUCUGGAAUAGUUACCUACUAAAAGAUGAAGGCACUUAAGGAUAAGGACAAAGUCUAAGAACUGGAUAAUAAUCAAGAAGAGCCUGAGAGCUAGCCUAAGAUUGAAAAGACUCAAGCGCCAGUAAAUAAGCCAGUUUCCCCUUUGAAGAAAUAGGGUAAUCUCUUCCAGAAUCAAGAAAUUGACUUGAAUGGAAUGAAGGGAUUGAAUUAUAACUACACAGGGUCAUUGGCAAGACCUCCAGUAACAAAGAAUCAGCCAAUCCCUUUGCUCAAAGGCUCAGCACAAUCUCACAUAUCAACAGCGACAAGCGACAAGAGAGGACUCGUUAUGGACUUAUUAUAUAAAUGA